AUGGAAAGUAGUGAUGAGGAAAAAUAUGAUUCAGUAAGUGAAGACGAAGCUUCAGUCAGUGAAAACGAAGCUUCAGUCAGUGAAGACGAAGCUUUAGUCAGUGAAUACGAAGAAGAAAAAGAUGAUAUAGUCAACAAAGAGAACUACGUUAAAACUGAAGAGAAGAAAGAUGAACUGAGUAUUGGAAUGGAGUUUAGUUCUGAUGAAACUGCACAUAAAGCUUAUAAAAAGUUUGCAGGCGAACAUGGUUUCAAUAAUCAUAACCAUGAUUUAGUGAAGACGCCUAUAAAGCAUUUGCUGAAGGGAAACCGGAUGUUCUCUGUCGCUCAAAUACAACAUGCUGAUGAUGCCGAAAUGUCAGGAGUUUCAGCAAAAUCAACUGUUGAAAUGAUGACUAGAGAAGUUGGAGGGCGAGAAAUUCUGGGGUUUUUGGAGAAAGACUAUCGUAAUUACAUUUAUCGAAAGCGAAUGGAAAAAAUGGUAAAAAGAGAUGCUAGAGCAGUUUUGGAAUACUUUCAAAGAAAGAAAGAGGAUAAUUCAUCUAUUUUUUAUUCAAUGCAACUUGAUGAAGACGAUAUGAUCACGAAUAUCUUCUGGGCAGAUGAUCGGUCUAUAAGUGAUUAUAAUCUUUUUAGAGAUGUCGUCUGUUUUGACACAACUUACAAGACCAAUGAAUAUAAUAGACCAUUUGCUCCAUUUAUCGGGGUCAAUCAUCAUAAGCAAACUGUAGUGUUUGGUGCUGCUCUCUUAUAUGAUGAAACCACUGAGUCAUAUAAGUGGCUUUUCGAGACUUUUCUUGGAGCAAUUUCUGGAAAACUUGAUGUGUGUCGGGAUGACGAUCAGGUUUUAAAAAUCCCAAAUAACACAAUUAAUAAGCUGCAAGUGCACAGCAAUCAAUCGUAG